CCUGGAAGAGCCCAGAUAAAUGGCCACACGGUCACGUACUUCCAUCGCUCAUAUUUUGCGCGAUUUCCAUGCAAACAGUCACUUACUCACGUUUUGCGACCAAAAUGGUUACGAUUUCCCGGAAAAAUGUAGCAAAAUCUCGCGUAAACCUCCGUCUAGUUAUGUGCCCGUUAGGUUAGUGUAGUAAUUGCAGCGAGCUUUAUUCCAACUCACCCGAUUAAAACCGUGAGUUUGGGUGAGUUUUGCUAUAAAUUCGUUUGAGGUUAGGUCAGGAUGGAGGAGCCCCUCGAGAUCGAGGGCUGGAAGCGCAUCUCGAUCCUCGGUUCCGGGGCCUUUGGGGUGGUCGCCCUGUGGCAGCACGCCGGUUCGGGCGAUUACAUCGCUAUAAAAAAGUGCAAAUUCCGGACUAGCGGUCACCUCAGUGACCGGCAGAAGCAGCGAUGGGAGAACGAAGUGCAAAUUAUGAAAACUCUAAACUGUCCAAAUAUUGUUUCGUUUAAGCUGUUGCCCCCACAUUUGGAGGCUGUUUUGCUCAAGUAUAACCCGACAAGACUGCCGCUGUUGUCCAUGGAGUAUUGUAGGAAGGGAAACCUGAGACAUGUACUUAAUCAAGCGAAAAACUCAUCAGGGUUGGGGGAAAGUGACGUCAGGACUGUCUUAGCUGAUGUUACUCAAGCCGUUUCUUACUUACAUAAACAGAAUAUUACGCACAGAGAUAUCAAACCGGAAAAUAUUGUUUUGCAACACUGUAACACUAGACCUGGAGACGUUAUUUACAAGUUGAUUGAUUUGGGGUAUGCCAAGGAAUUGAGCGAUUCUGUUGUCAGUUUCGUGGGCACGUUGCAUUAUCUCGCGCCUGAAAUCAUGAAAACGGAAAAUUAUGACUUCAGUGUUGAUUAUUGGUCGUUGGGGGUCGUUGCCUUUGAAGUCAUUUGCGGGGUUUUACCCUUUUUGCCCCUAUAUACGCCAAUGGAAAGAUUCUCAUUUAUUGAACGAAAAAAACCGGAACACAUUUGCAUCUACCAGUUACAUUCAGGCAGCGUUAUGUAUUCGUCCGAAUUGUUGAAAGAAAACCACAUUUCCACGUGCCUUAAACAAAACAUCGAAAGUUGGCUCAGACACGUCCUACAGUUCGACCCAACGCAACGUCGGGCCAAUUUCCCUGACAACUCCAACGUCUUCGACUGUUUGCUCAAUAUUUUAGAUAAGAAAAUCGUCACCGUAUUCUCGGUCCACACGUUAGAGUUCUAUUCUUACGAAAUCAACGAAAGUAUUUUAAUAAGCACCCUGAAAGAUUGGAUAGCGCGUGAUACAAAAGUGCAAAAGAGUGAUCAAAUUCUACUGAGUAGCUUAGGUUUUUUUGACAUUAAAGACGACAAGUACGUCGUGGAUAUUCUCGCAAAGGACGAUCUGGAGCUGUUUGUGUUCAAGAAAGGCGCUUUCAUCAACAGGGAAACCUUCAAGUUACCGAAAUGCGUCUCCAUUCUCUUCGAGAAUUGCAUAACGGCGUACAAGUGGCGCGACUUGCGGCUCAUUUACACCAAAGCUUUGUUUUUUCUGACUCAGGAAAGCAAAAUGUUGGCUUCGCUCGUCACAGCGUUCAAGUUGUGUGUCCAAUUUGUAAAUUUCGUUAAUGUUAAACUGAAAGACAGUAUGUUUCAAAUCAACAAAACUUUAACGAAUCUUCUUGUACGAGUUGAUUGCUACUACAAUAUUAAUAAUAGUGACAAAAAGUUGGAUAUGGAGUGUGCCGAAGUGUUCAGACAACUGCUACUGCAGUUUUUGCAACUGAUGGCAGAUCUGGAGAGAAGUAUCCACAACCACAACAAUUUGAUUAAAAAAGUUGAUAUUUUGUGCAAGAGGCAAGUCUUGUUGAACAAAGUGCUUGCAAAUGUUACUCCGGUACUUAAAGGUUGUGAUUUAAGCAAUGAAAUUGCUAGCGCUACAGACUUGAUUGUUAAAGGCGGUAGUAAUGACCAGGUUGUGACCCCCAGAGACAUGGUCAAAAUUGUCUCAAGUGCCCUUAAAGAGAAGGAUAAGUUGUUGAAUAACAACAAUUUCCAGAGUUAUUCAAAGGCCAUGCUGGUUGCCAUCAAAGACGUCGAAACGUUGCAGUUGUGGAUGGAUAAGUUUCACAAACAAUUGAAAGAUUUACAUAAAGCAAUAGACGACAAUCAGAAAAAACAGCACCAGACUUUGAUUUCUUCACUCAAGCCGAGAAAAAAAAAACAUGUGAGUGACGGUUAUUCAAAUUGUAUAGUUCAUUGGGACGCUGAUACUCUUAUAAACGAAAACCAGGAAUUACGUUGCCACUUUGAAGAGAUGUUGGGACAAAUGUCUGUUGAACAAAAAUUAUUUCGUGAUGAGGUUGAGCAAUUGUUUAUAUAGUGUUAAAUCUUUACCAUUUGUAUUGUCUAUUUUUUAUUAAAUGCUUUAUGUACUGUUAUUACCAAAAUAAAAAUCUACACAUUGGUAAAA